UCACACCACCACCACCACCACCACCUCGUUUCGAGCCAGUGCUGCUGCCGCCAAGACGCCAGUCUCUGCGCACUGACAUUCGCCGACUGCGGUAAUCGGCGGCGGGCGCCGCUACCACCGACCCGUGCAGGGGUUGACUGGACGGUCACGUGACUCGUCCUGUUCGAUACUGACCUCGAUUCGUCGAUCUGUCAGGGUGUGACGACCGCGCCUUCUUCGAAGACCUCGAGAAGCAAAGUUGUGUUCCAUUUCCGCAGCACAGUGCUAUUCCUUGCUCCAGAUAACUGCUGUUCAGUGUCUCGUUUUGCGUGUGCGAAGUUCAAAGCACCGUGUUAUCAUUUCACCCGCGUUAGUGAUAAACCGCUUUUGCUCACGUCUGCUCAGAUAAAAAAAAAUUGCCAGUACUUAACUGUGUACAUCGUAGCAUUUUACGAGAACGGAAAUGCGCAAGACGCUGCCUCCAGUUUCGUAACGAUUGCUUGAACGGAUGUGGAAUGUAAACGUACACGACAGUAGUGGUCGUUCGUUGGCAUUGGUUAAUAAAAGCAGAGUAAAUGUCUGCCAUGUAAAUAACACCAGAUGUGUCACUCGAGAAACAAGUGGUGUAUGUUAUGUGGUUGUGCCAGUUUUUAGUUGCGUUGUGUCGUUACACAGCAGUGAAUUGCAUAUAGUGCGUGUCCCACUGUGUUCACGUCCCAUAAAAUGCGCCGUCGUGGCAAUAACUCCGAGCCUCAACGACUGCAAUACGUGGUGAUAACACGCCAACGGGAAAUUUGGUACGCGGCACAACGCUUCUUUGCGGAACGUCACAGCAGUCUCGAGAUAACACCAGUCCGCCUCCUGCCCGCCCACAAGUGAACUCAAGAUCUGUCCCGCCUUCGCGAACUGCAGUUGGGCUGUGUUCGUAUCGGUGAUCGCGAAAAUGUCGUGUGUUGGACGCUGCAAUCUGUUGCGGACGCGCGAGAGGACAACACCGCACGCGGCGUCUUAAGUGCGGUUAUCAGUGGCGGCGUGCAACUAUCACGCCAUCCGCGAUACAGGUACGUGAUAUCGAACAGCAACAAGCCGGACCUGAGCGGAGAACUGUCAUUUCCGCCGGUCAUAAGGUGGUGAGUGAUUCAGACGUGCGCGACGCCCCACUGGCCGGGAGGCGAUGCGCGGAUAUGGAGCACAGCGAUUCCGGCCAGAAACCAGGCUUCGUCUUCCACGCCUACCGCCACUGCCAGGGAUGCCAGGCCAUAAAAUGUUACCUCGACUCGCAGCCAGCUGGGGUUCUAUGCAGCAACCGUGUGAGCCAAAUGACCAAGACCUACAAUGACAUAGAAGCAGUUACCAGGCUUCUAGAAGAGAAAGAAAAGGACCUGGAACUGACAGCUCGCAUUGGAAAAGAACUUCUUGCACACAAUCAGAAGCUAGAGACAAAUGUUGCUUCUCUCGAAGCUGAACUAAAAGCAGCUAAUGAAAAGCUGACUCAGUUGAGUCAUGAGCUUGUCAAGAAAACAGAACUCAUCCAGAUACUCACCAAUGAUGUUGAUGAAUCAGGCUCUGAAGGUGGAACACCUACAUCGUUACGCUGCAUCAAUGUGGAACUUAUGCAGCGACGCAUUGGUUCCUUGGAAGAGGAGAAUAAGCAACUACGCAGAGAGGCUAGCCAGUUAGCAUCCGAUACGGCAGAAUGUGAGUCAGCUGAGCAGAGGCUCGUGCAGGAUAUCGCACAGCAACUAGCGAACAGUAGCAUGGAGGUGGAGGGGCUGUCAGAAGAACUAGAUCGCUGUAAAGAUGAAAACAGGCUGCAGCAAGACCAGAUAGCUAGCCUCACUGCAAAACUGGCUGAUGCAGAGCAGAAGCUUCUUAAGUUGGGAGCUGAAAAUGAGACGCUGACAACACAGUUGACUGUGAGUCGUGAAGUACAGGCAGAGUUGGCAUCAGAAUUAGCUGACAGCAAAGAUCGUUACAAUGAAGUGGUUGCACUUCUGCGAGAGACCCAAGAACAGCUGCGGAAGCAGCGGAAGCGUGGACAGCCCACUGUGCGUGGCUGUGGAGGUGGCCCACUGUUUUCCACUGGGACUCCACAGCCAGAUUCUCUCGCUUCAGAGUUGCUCGAGACUUCACUUUAUUCAGAGUUGUCCACAGACUCGGGCAUUGGCAAUGAUAGAGGGGCGAGCUACAGAAAAGUUUUUGAGACUGUGCGAUGUGCAUCACGGAAUUCCAAUUCCAGUAGUGACAGCCCACUGCACGUACCACGAUCCCAGUCAUUGCUGAUGAGUACAUCAACAACAAUGUCAUCGGGUCCACGUGUCAGUGCGUUUGCACCUCCUGCUAGUGCUGCAUCACACUUGCAGUCAUCUCGGUACUACAGCAGCAGCAGUGCUUUCCCUAGUUUGGAUAGUGUUGGAACAGCGCACAGUGACUACGACAGCUCACUUGCUACCACAGACACGGAGGAGAGUUACCCUGGUGCUCCACGUACUGGUGUUCCUGGUGUACCUGGUGCUGCAGACCUGGAAGCAGCAGUGAGGCGCUUGACUCCAGCUGAAAUCAUAGCAAGGCGCGCAACUCUGGGUGCAGGUCCCAUUGCUUCCAGUGAUUACGAUUCGCAUACUCCACCCAACUUUCUACCGUAUGGCUGUCGCACUCCUGACAGCAUAAUGUCUACAGGAAGUAGUGGGUUUUCUGCUCAUAGUGGAGCUUGGAGGUUGCCUGAAAAACUUCAGAUUGUGAAACCAAUGGAAGGUUCACUGACACUUGCCGCCUGGUCGCAAUUAGCUACACCUACUCUGGGUGGGCUCUUAGAAGAACGCCCCGGAGUGAAGAUUAGAGGUGGCAGACCACUAGAGGAUCUUGGUCUCGAGAUGUACACGUUGUCUGAUCUGGAGGAGGAUGAAGAAUAUGAAAAUCCUGGAAAAAGUUUCCAAAAUACUGGAUCAGUCUACACUUUUACGAACAGCACUGUUCUGCAUCCAGAUGACAAUACAAAUGUGACAUCCAGUGUACGUGGGAGUCAGAUGUGUACAGCCGCCCCAAGUCGCGCAGGCACCGCAGUUCCUCCAACCCCUGUGACGCGGUCACGUCGGAAUUCUACAUCAACAUUCUCGACCACUUUGGGAUUGGCGAAGUUACUGAAUGAACGUGGUAUCCGUGCUGUGACUCCAUCUACUGUCUGCACACCUUGCAGCACUUUCUCUCCUACUGCAACACCAUGCAACAGUCCUGAUGGUAGUCCAAGGAGCUCACCUCCACCAAGUCCUCCACCUUUCAAUCCCAUAAAAUUUCCAGGUUUCUUGACAAGCGGAGCUGAUUUCUUGAGGAGAACUUUCAGUGCCGAGGCAGAUCAAACAAGUCGUUCAAGAAAAUCGAAGAGAGUGAGCAAACUUGCACUUUCUAGGCAAGAGAAGAAGGCACUGUCGGGCAUUCGUCUUGUGGAGAGACUGGAGAGCAUUGGCUUGGACACGAUUCUAACAACAUCGGCAGCGGCACCUGUCACACCAUUGGCACUGCAGGGCUCUCUGUACACAAGACACCACUUGAAGAGUCCAAUGGCACAAUUGACUUGUCUGAAAACUGCACCUGUCGUCUCUGCACAAGAGAAGGAACCAUCUUCGAGUCCCAAACCUUUUCCAGCACUGGGGGUUCCUGCACGACCUGGCACCGGAGCACUGGACGAGAGGCCACUGCGACCUCCCCUGAAGCGUCAAGCAACAGCAGUACGUCCAGAUUUGGGAGUGGUUCCACUGUUGCGGCCCCAAGUGGCAGUUGGUGCAGCAGAUGGGCCUGCUGGGACUGUGGGGAGCAGUGCACUGGGGACAGUGAGCCAGCUCCUAUUCGGACGCAAGGGUGGGCUGCUGUAAGUCCAAUAGUGGCAAAUGUUGUUGAAAUCCUACUUCUCGAACAGUAGUAGAGAGAUUGUGGACAGCAACUGUCUCAUUUAAUUUGAACUUAACUGCCGUCUGUAUUUUACUGUUUUGUAUGUCUUCUUACAUAUAUGAGAAGAUGUAUUAAAAACUUAUGGGUAAGAGUUACAACAUUUGAUCACCAUAAUUUGCCAGAUGAAGUGCUUACAAUGUAAUAAUUUCAUAUAAAGUUCGUGAAAUUUUUUAAAAGUUACGAUUACUAUAUUGCAUCUUGAAAGAUAACUAUGUAUACUAUGUUGUGUCUUGUGUUACAUUUGUUGAAUAUGUGUAGAAGUCAGUUGUCUAUACACAUCGUUGAAUUGCUGCAUAGUUACAAAGGGAAAUAGUUUUCAUUUGGAUUACCUUAAGAUAGUUUUGAUAUAACAGCAGUACUUGAAUUAAUUGAAUAUGUAUUACUUGUAUUGUGAAAACCAUCUAAAAUUAGCUAUGUUUUUCACAAUUCAGAAAAGCAUGUCCCUUAAAAAACUGGAGUUUCCGUAUGUGAAGGGCUUCUAAAUGGCAGGCAUAUAGUUCUGGGUAAUAUUUCUUGUGCAGUUGCUAUCUACAAUCUACAGUAUUUUACAGGUUGCUAAAAUUGCCUCUAGCACAGCAUUUAAAUUGUGAGUAGAUUAUGUUAUAAUGAUGUAGUUAUUUAUCAGAUUUAAAUAUAAACUAGUCUCAGCUUCCUGGUACAUGGUAUGUAUUUAUUAUAAGAUUCCUAUAUCAGAGGGACAUACGAUCUGUACUAAUGAGUUUACUUGAAUGUCUGUCACAAUAUUUCAUGCAAUAGAUAUUUUUUUCCUUGUUCUGUAAUAACCAGGAAGCUCCAUGUUGACUGAGGCAGUAUUAUAAUUUUAAGGAACUAGAGUGAAAUAGGUUACGAAAGUUAGGGGAUAUGGCUUAUGCUAGUCUUAGGUACAAGACUGUGCAUUAAGCCUUUGACUGUGUGUUGCCCAUUUUGUUGAGAUUGUUAAAUUUAUAUGGUGUAUAUAGUUGUAUAUACGGAUUUUCUUAUUCAGAUUGUAAAUAAUAUGACUCUGAAAUGCCUGUACAGGAGACACCACAUCAUUUCUUAAUCAUUUGAAGCAGCAUUGUUCUGAAAUUUGAUACUUAACUAUUGAGGUUUUAAAUUCAUUUUUUCAUAAAUAUUAUUUAUUGUUUUGCAUCAGUGGUGCUGUUAGUUUGUCCAUUUUGUAACCAAGUUGUCUAAGUUGGAGUUAAAUUGUCAGUACUGUGAACUUUAUUGGUAGCUGUAAUAGGUGCCAUCAUUGCCAGUAUUGGCUAACAUGGAUGUGUUCCUAGUUGAUGUGAAUUAUGGACAGUACACAAUAUAAAAAUACGGUAAAUGGUGUAGUAAAGUGGAUCACCAGUCUGUAUUGUGCAUAAUUGGGUCUGUUUCCAAAGGCACAACAUGUGCUUAUGGUGCUCUUAUAUUUUUACAUUUCAGUAAAUAAUAAAUAUUGACUAACAAUUACGUCACAUAUCUUCUUUGUAGGUGCUUAUUCAUUGUAAUUUCAUAUUGAUUUAAUUUUAUGUAUUUUUGUAACAGGUAACUAGACUUACAAAGACCUGUAGUUUCAAAAGUACACAGUGAUGCAUUUGAAGUUUUAGAUGUAUUUAUUUUCAUGUAAAAUGCAAUAUUUGAGAAAUAAUAUCAAUAUAUUUUGCCUCUCCCAUUUGUCAGUCAGGUUGAAUUCUGUUCAUUAUUUUUUACACUACAGUGUUUUUGUUUUGAACUGACUUGCAUUGUCAUGUUGUUUCAUCUGCAUAGUUUUAAUUUAGUGUGUUGUCUUCUACAUGUGUUGUAAAAAAACAUGGUGCUUUUUUUCUAUGACUAGAAAAC